GAGUGGCGGGUAAUAAGUGGAGGAGAAGAAUGUUUCUGUCUCUUCCUACGUUGACUGUCCUUAUUCCACUGGUCUCGUUAGCAGGGCUGUUGUACUCGGCCUCUGUGGAAGACAACUUCCCACAGGGCUGCACUAGCACAGCCAGCCUGUGCUUCUACAGUCUGCUCUUGCCGAUUACCAUACCCGUCUAUGUGUUCUUCCACCUUUGGACUUGGAUGGGUAUUAAACUCUUCAGGCAUAAUUAAUACAACCAGAGCCAAGAUGGUGUAUCCUCGUGAUAUGCUUGAGUGUCUGCCUCUGAAAGCCCAACUACCUGGAAAUACUGGACACCCACUGAAUUUGCACGAAAGAUGCUUUGCCUGGCUUCUGUCAGGGGUUUAGGACUAGGGGAGGCCUAAGCUGCAGAGGCUUCUUGAUUGUACUUUGGUUCUGCCCUUGUGUUUUGAAGGUUCUCAUUUAUACCUGGGGUAUCAGGAGAAACAUUUCAGCAAAGUGCCUUGUUGGAAAUUAAUAGCCCCAGCCGUCACCUGAUGACUUUAUUUCUUAUCCCAUUCAUAAUUAAAAGUUAGUAAUUUGAAAUCUUACACGUUUAUUUUACAUUCAGAGUCUGGUCACAUGUUAAGGAUGACUGAAAUAAUUCCAGAGGCGCUCUGUUGGGGCAGCUGUAGAGAAAUGCAUUUGAACUAAUGUGGUAUAAAACUGUAAUAAAAUGGAAACCAUGUAUUUGCCGAAAUUCGGAGGUUGUAAAAUUACCUUCAUUUCUUUGGCAUCACAUGCUUACAUUAAUAAUAAUAUAUUGACAUUUCCUAUAAAACAAUUUGUAGUUUUGUGGGGUUUUUAUCCCCUUUGGUCACUAGAGUGUGAUUCUAAGGAAGAGAAAAUGUAAAAUAUUCUAAAUUUUAAACUUAGAAUUUUAGAGAGACACAUAAUAGCCAAAAUAGAAUAAUUUCCCAGGAAAGUAUGUGCCCCUGGAGGUAGAGGUGGGGUUGAAAGAUGUGCAAAUAGCUGAUUAUGUCCUACUGAGUUGAGGGCUACGUUUUGAGGCACAUUUCAGUUUAUUUUCCUGCCACAGGAGACCUAUUUAAAUAGCACUACUGAGGGCAUGAGCAUUUUACACAUUAAUAGUUCCUGAUUUUCCAGAACUUUCAACAAGAUUGAUUAGUACAAUAACUCUUUCAGAAGUGUAACAUAAAUAUUUCAGUAGUUACCCUUAAGAAACCUAAGAACUGAAUAUAACCUUAACUGAUUCUUAAUAGAACCUUAAAGUAGUUUAAUAGAACCUUUAGAUAGUGAU